AUGUCAACCAAUGCCAAUGUAUCUUCGACUCGGCAAAGGGCCACCUUAGCAUGCGAUGUGUGUCGCUCUAGAAGAACAAAAUGCGAUGGCGUCAAGCCGUCUUGUUCGUUUUGCGAAGCACACGGCAUACUAUGCAACUAUCGUAGCGCCGCUCCUCUGGCUCCGUCAAGGACUGAACAGGAACUUUCUUCCAUAAAGGAGCGCUUGGAAUAUAUGUGCAGCUUGUUGUCCAAUUCCGGGAUUUCAGGGAGCAUUGCAGGCAUCUCUUUACCUAGAUUUGGUGGAUAUCCCAUGGAUGAGUCAAUCAUCAGUCGGAAUUGGCGGUCAGAGUUUCCUUUUAUGACAAUUCAAACGCCUUCGAUGAUGCUCCUGCUUGGGCUCAAUCCAAGGCUUGCGGCUCAAAUGGUCACAGAGGAGAGGACUGGUGUGUCCACCUUGACGCCACCUGGGGAAUUUCGUGGCUUUAAAAUUCAGUACCAAGAUGCAAUAAGUGCGUUUGGGACAUUCUACAAGAAGAUACAUCACUGGUACCCUGUCUUGCCCCCUGACUGUUUUGACAUCUAUCUCGACAAGAUCAGUGGCAAUCUUGAUUCUUCCUCGGACUCCUGUCUUGUUCUUCUUAUAGCUGCUAUUGGUUCAGUAGCUCAAUGUUCUUCCUUUUCAGUUGCCUAUGAACAGCAACCUGAUGCCAGCUUUAUUGCAGGAGCUCUGUCGAUGCUCCCGAAUGUGAAUUUUGAGUUCAGUUUAAGGAGCGUUCAAUGCCUUGUUCUUCUGAGCAUAUAUUAUAAUUGCAUUGGAAAACCAUGUCAGGCGCAUGACUACAUCUUGAUGGCUUCCUAUAAGGCGCAAGCCCUUUUCAAAUGCCACCUUUACGACGGCGACGAUGCGACGAUGGAAAUCCUCAGGAGGUCUUUUUGGUCUAUUCUUCUAAUUGAAACGGAACUGGGCUAUCAUAUCGAUAUGCCUGAAAGCAACAUAUGGAAAUUCGAUGAUCGAAUCCUUCUUCCAGGAGUACACGACAGUUGGCAACCAUUUCGUGAUGAUCAGCGCCACUUACUAGACCAAAUACUGCUGCCUGACCACUCCGCAAUCACCCCAAACGAUGCGAAAGCCUACUUCUUAGCCGAAAUCUCGAUGUGCCGCAUGAUUCGACGCUGCACUACUUCUGUGACGAUAUCUCAUAAUAAAGAGGUCUAUGCCCCCAUAGUUGCCGUCGAGCUUGCGCACCAACUCGAGAGCUGGUAUGACCAUCUUCCCCUUGGCCUUCGCUUCGAGCGCAGUGCUAUACCCGCCCCCGAUGACGCCAUGCAUUAUGCCAGUCCGCACUCGCUUUCCACCCUGGCUGCCGUUACCAACUUUCUGCAGAUGCAAUACCACCUUGUUCUUGCAGGUAUCUAUUGGCCUGCGAUUUACAGUAUAAUAUAUUCAGAUACACCGGCGGCAAAAACUCUUGCCGACAGCGCGCUAUUUUUCGGAGCAUACACCGGCUUUAUCACCAGUGCAGCAGGAGCCAUACGAUCUUGUCCGCAAGGCCCUUGGAGUAUUCACGCUAGUAUUUUCAUAACAACAAUGGCAGCCCUUAAAGGCACCCAAUCACCCAGCCUUCGUCCCGUUAUCUCAUCGACUGUCAUACGGUGUUUUACCGUCGCUGCAGAAAUUUUCCAAACUUCCCAAGCUAUACCACUUAGCCCUUCCCUGCGUAGAAUCAGAUCGAUCUUGACGGAGCAUGUGGGAAACAAGAUCUGAAUCGAAAGUUCAGUGUCUUGCAUUAAGAAUGAAAGUGAUCGCCAAUAGAACCUCCUUUAACGUGUUAUUAUUUGAAGAAGGAUCUGUGAAUUAUUCAUCCAUAUCAAUCGCUAUUGUUGAUCUAUAUCGCGGUACUUCUUUACUUCGGUAGCAUUGACGUUGCAAGGCAGGAAAGUUCUCAGACACUACUGAUUCAUUUCCUGUAAUAUAACACAAAACUCUAG